CCUAGGCAUAUGACAGAAGCAAUGCUGAUCAUAGGAAAGCUUCAUUACGUGGAGGGAUCCUACAGAGAUGCCAUCAGCAUGUAUGCAAGAGCAGGAAUUGAUAACCUCACAACAAAAGAUGAACCUCUGUACAUGCUGCGUUUGGUAACUGAAGCCUUUGUUAUUAAAGGUCUGUCACUGGAGCGCUCAGCCAACUCAGUUGCCUCACGUGCUCGACUGUGUGAAAGGGAACAGGAAGCUAUGGCUUGUUUUGAAACAGCAUGUGUCAUUGCCCAGGUGUUCUUGCAAGAGCUUGAAAAGACCUUAAACAGCACACAUUCAAGAUCUGUCAAGGGCAGCAAUGUGACGAACUCUGAGUUUGAACUUUCCUACUUCCUGGAAGCAGCUCUACAGAGUGCCUACGUCAUUCAUUUAAAGAAGGGAAAUAUUGUGAAAGCAAUGAGGAAUCUGCGAGCAAUACUGCGGACUGUGGAAACAAAAGCUACUCAGACCUUCAGAAUGACUGUAGCCAGACAACUAGCCCAAGUACUUCUCCAUUCCCUCAGUGAAGACUGUUACUGGAGCCCUUUAUCUGAUCCGCUUCCUGAGUUCAUGAACAAGGAAGAUCAGUCUUAUGUUAGCAAUCUUCUUUGUCGGAGGCCUGAGCUAUAUACAGAAGAGAAUGUGUACUGCCCUCAAGACAACGUAGAAGAGGCUCUUCUCCUCCUCUUAAUCAGUGAAUCCAUGGCAAACCGGGACGCAGUGAUUAGCCGAGCCCCAGACCAGCAGGAUGACCGAGCAGUCAGCCUCCGGGAUGCUUCUGCAGUCUACGACCUCCUCAGCAUCACGCUGGGCAGAAGAGGGCAGUACGUCAUGCUUUCUGAGUGCUUGGAGAGAGCCAUGAAGUUUGCAUUUGAUGAAUUUCACCUCUGGUACCAGCUUGCCUUGUCCAUGGUGGCCUGUGGAAAGUCAGCACAUGCAGUGUCAGUGCUCCGAGAGUGUGCUAAACUGCGGCCUACAGAUCCCACCAUUCCUCUUCUGGCUGCCAAGGUCUGCAUUGGGUCACUGCACUGGCUGGAAGAAGGAGAAUACUUUGCUAAAAUGGUGAUAGAACUGGGUGAGGAUGCUGGAGAGUCCCUAGCAAAGGGUUACCUGGCACUGGGCCUAACAUACAGUCUCCAAGCUACUGAUGCUACUCUGAAGGGCGCUCAGGAUGAAUUAAACAAGAAAGCACUUCAGACUUUGGAGAGAGCACGUGACUUGGCCCCAGAAGAUCACCAAAUCAUCCUCUACCUAUCGCUGCAGCUGGCUCUUGUCAGACAGAUUUCUGAUGCUAUAGAACAUCUUCAAGAAGCACUGCAGCUAUGCAAAGAUGACAUGAAUUCACUUCAUUUACUGGCCCUCCUCUUUUCAGCUCAGAAGCACUAUCAGCAUGCACUGGAUGUGAUCAACAUGGCUGUUGAUGAAUACCCAGAAAGCUUUAGACAAAAGGAUAGUUUGGCUGUAUAUGAGGAACUAAGGCUGUCAGUGCACAUCUUUGAGAACAAAGUGAAAAUCAGUAAUGGAAAGGCUUUUAAUAUGGAGCCAGUAUCUCUUCAGGGUGUGAACAUGGGUAUGAUUGAAACAGGAGAUACUCCAGUGGCUGCUAAAUUGCGUUUUGUGGUUUGA